GACACUGAGAUCCAUGGCGAUGGUAUUUGCACAACCCAAGAAAAACUUACUUCCUCUCCUUCUCUUUCUCUUUUGUAUCUCCGUCAUCAUACUCCUUGUUCUCGUCUCCGAGACCACUCACUCUAACGCCGGACGAGGAACUACUUUCCGGCGAAAUUACAAGGAUCCCCCUCCUUUCACUUUCCUCAUCAAGGUUCUCACCUUUAACCGUCUUCACUCUCUCUCCCGCUGUCUCAGAUCUCUCUCCGCCGCAGAUUACGGCGUUUCCGGCGACAGAGGUCGCAUUCACCUCCACGUCUACAUCGAUCACUUCAAUCUCUCGCGGAAUGAUACACCUGUAGAAGAUAACUUGAAGAGCGCGAGGGAAAUCCUAGGGUUUGUUGAUAGAUUCGAGUGGAGAUUUGGGGAAAAGGUAGUUCACUAUCGGACUGAUAACGCUGGAUUGCAGGCGCAAUGGCUAGAAGCUUGGUGGCCGAGCUCAGAUCACGAAUUCGCCUUCGUCGUUGAAGAUGAUCUUGAGGUUUCUCCUCUUUACUAUGGAAUUCUGGAACGCCUGAUUCAUAAAUACUACUAUGAUACUUCCAAUUUCAAUCCUUCCAUCUAUGGAGCUUCGCUUCAGAGACCAAGGUUCGUUCCAGGUAAACAUGGGAAUAAACUACAUGUAGAUCCCAAAACGAAUCUGCUCUUAUAUCAGUUAGUGGGAACUUGGGGACAGCUUCUCUUCCCAAAACCGUGGAAAGAGUUCAGACUAUGGUAUGACGAGCACAAGUCGAAUGGCAAGAAGCCUUUCCUUGAUGGCAUGGUGUCAAAUGGAUGGUACAAGAGGCUGGGAGAACGAAUAUGGACACCUUGGUUCAUAAAGUUUGUUCAUUCUCGUGGCUAUUUUAACAUCUAUACCAGUUUUCCGAAUGAGGGGGCUCUAAGUGUCUCUCACAGGGAUGCUGGUGUUAACUAUGGAAAAACCGCUGGGCCAGACUCACAGUUAUUGAAUAAAAGCUCUAUCAGUUCUGAUUCUCUGAAACUCCAACCCUUGAGCACUCUUAAGUGGUACGAUUUCUGUUUCAGUGAAGUUGUUCCCGGUAGAGUUGUGAGAAACCUGAAUGAACUUGGCACCAUUCUUCCUUCUGUGCAGAGAGAGAAAACCAUAAUUCUGGUCAGUCUAUAUGGUGCAGACAAGAUGUUCACCAGGAACUUACUCUGCCAUUUCGAGAAGCUUAAUACUCAAAACCACAUUUUUAUAGGCCCUAGCUCUGAGUUGUUCUAUGAUCUUUCAAGAAGGGGGCAUCCUGUGAUUGAUGUGGAUAGGUUUCUCGACAAGUUGAUCAAAAGCAAAACUUCUUAUCCAAACUCAGUGAAGGAGGCUCUGGGCAAUGCUUACGUUGUCAAGAAAUGCUUAGAACUUGGAUACAGCACCUGGGCAUUUUCAAGUAAUUCACUUUUGAUUGAUAAAGGUCCUCUCCUUGACAGAGUCAGCUCAGAGUACGACAUCUAUAUCGGGGAAAGAUCUGGAAGUUUGAUUGUUCAAUCUUCACCAGUCACUCAAAAGUUAUGGAGCAAUGAGUUUCUACACAGCAUUGCAUCCUCAAAACAAAGGCUUGAUUUUAUUCAUCUAGUGAAAGAGCUAGUGGAGCAAAAGGGCAAGAGGUUUAAGACUGUAGAGACGAUGGAUAUUGCAGAAAAUACAAAUGCCAACAGCGUAAACCAAUCGUUGGGAGAUGGCAAGCCGGUGGUGUAUUGGUCUCCUGAGGUUGCUCCCAAUAUGAUUCGGUCAAAGCUAAAAGAGUUGAACUUGUGGCUCAUCGAUGAUGAUCUCUCUUGCAAGGCCGUGGUUUGUCAUAGUUCAUAACGUUAAAAACAUAUUGGCAUUUUCUUGUGAUAGGAUUGUGACAAUUCGUUAUUUAGUUUUGUUGAAUGUUAUAUAGAAGAUCUAAUACCAGCAACCAAUGGUACUCAGUACCAAGAAUAGAUUGUUUGUUACCCA